AUGGCAGAUGACAAAACUUUAACAAAGCUCCCUCACUUUGACGGUCACUAUGAUCAUUGGAGUGAGUUGAUGGAAAAUUUGCUUAGAGCAAAAGGUUUGUGGAAUUUGGUGGAGCAAGGCUUCACGGAACCAACAGAAGGGACGAAAUUAACUGAGGCUCAACAGGCAGAGCUGGAUGAUGCAAAGACCAAGGACUAUCAGGUAAAACAUUACCUGUUCCAGGCUAUUGAUCGAACUGUUUUCGAACAAAUCUUAGACCGUCGUACAUCUAAGAUUGUUUGGGACUCACUGAAACGGAAGUUUGGAGGAAAUCAGAAGGUGAAGAAAUCUCUUCUCAAUGCCUUAAGAAGAGAAUUUGAGAUCCUGGAAAUGCGAAAUGAUGAAACGAUUACAGAAUAUUUUGCUCGGAGCUCAUUAGUGGUACAUGAACAGAAAUUUCGUCGACCCAGUAACAGUAAUGAAGACCAGGUGUUGAAAAUAGAAGGUCGAUCGAGCACAAGCAAUCGAGGAAGAGGAGGUUACAGAGGAAGGGGGCGUGGAAGAGGUAGAACCAAUUUUGACAAGGCUACUGUUGAGUGCUACAGAUGUCAUGAUUUAGGGCAUUUUCAGUAUGAAUGUCCUAAGAAAAAUGAAGCUAACUAUACAGAGCUCGAUGAAGAAGAUGAGAUGUUACUAAUGGCCUCGCUCCGCCACUCGCCCGCACCCCAAGCCACCCGGUCGUCGAACAAGUCAGGCGCUCGAAAGAGCAUCGGAUUGAGCACAAAAGCCAAUCGAGCGCCAAGACGCCGAGAGGUUACAGAAGGAACAGGGCGGGCGGUUCGGAAGAGCGGCCUCCAGAACCCAAUAUCUUAUUUGACAAGGCAUCUUACCCUGUGGACCGUUUGCCGCUUCUAA